GUUGUUUCGAAAUAUAUAUUAUAUAUAAAGAUUCAUAUGAGUAAUUAAAUGUGAAAAGUUCGUUAGUGUGCGAGGAUGUGGAAGAACGAAUGAUUAGGCUUUUAAAAGUGUAAACCAAGUCCCAUUCUCGGACCGAUUGGGCUAGAAUAAAACAUUGGCUAUUAUAGAGAUAUGUAAGUGUAAAUAUCUAGUGAAAGUUAAUCAAGUUCGUUUCCAUAAAAUAAAAUUAUCUAAUGGAUCGAAUUCGCUAGUAAUCGAAGGGAUAUAACUUCGAUCUUUCCGUUGGCUUUACAAAUUCUGUCAACGUACGACAACGUCGCCGGUUAAAUGAGACACCUGCUAACCCUUUCGGGCAGCACAGUGGAUCCGAGAAAACUGUCAUUACAUCGAAUGCUUGCUGGCAGCAGAAUGAGUAAUUUAAGAAAAUUUAUAGAUAUCGGGGCCAAUUUGACAGAUCCUAUGUUUCAAGGGAUUUAUCAUGGAUCGCAGAAACACGAACCGGAUCUGGAUAAAGUUUUAGACCGAAGCUGGAACAAUGAUUUGUCGAAAAUUAUAAUCACUGCCUGUAAUAUGGAAGAGAGCAGGAAGGCCCUCGAAAUAGCUCGGAGAGACGAACGAUUAUUUUCAACGGUCGGCUGCCACCCGACGCAUUGCAACGCUUUUGAGGAGAGCGGCGACCCAGAUGCGUACCUUAAAUCAUUGUCAGACUUAGCCGCGGACAAUAAAGAUAAAAUUGUAGCCAUCGGUGAGAUGGGACUCGAUUACGACAGGCUACAAUUCUGCCCGAAAGACGUGCAAAAGAAAUAUUUCGAGUUGCAGCUGUCUUUAUGUUCCACAUUGAAAUUACCAAUGUUUCUGCAUUGCCGUAAUGCUAGCGAGGAUUUCGUAAGGAUUUUAAGAAAGCAUAAGAACACGUUGACCGCUGGUGUCGUACACUCAUUCGACGGGAACCCAGAGGAAGCUAAUUCUAUCUUGCAAUUGGGAUUGUACAUCGGUAUUAACGGAUGUUCCCUUAAAACAGAAGAAAAUCUGUUUUCGGUCACGACAAUACCGUCAGAUAGGCUGAUGAUAGAGACUGAUUGCCCGUGGUGUGAAAUAAGGCCUACCCACGCUUCCGCGAAGGACGUAAUCACCAAUUUUCCGUCGGUGAAAAAAGAAAAAUGGCAACCCGAUAAAAUGGUCAAAGGGAGAAACGAACCGUGUACCAUAGUCCAAAUUUUGGAAGUCCUCGCGCGGAUCAGAGACGAGGAGGAGGAAUACUUGUGCAAUCAGAUCUAUAAAAAUACGAUGAAGGUCUUCUUCCCGCACGAACUCUAACACAUUAACCCAGACUGAAGUGUACUAAUUUUUGUAACCGAUGCGCAUUUUAGCAUUACACGCUCAUACGUAUAAUAAUCAGGGGAAAAAAUGCUGUGAAACUAUAUACGAUACAGAGGAAUACACAUAAUUUCUACCAUGUCCAUUUUUGAGAAGGAAGGAAAUGAAGAGACUCAUUUUUACAUGCAUAGUUGUAUGGACUGCGACGAGCGCGCCGCGUCCCACUGAUCUCUUUACAUAUAAAACUUUAAUAUUGCUUUUCUUUUUAUCUUUUUUGUUUUCGUUAAACUAAUCAUUGUCACCAUUAAUCAUCGCAAUUAGCAAUUCGCACUAUUAGCGCUAUUAUAAUUAUAAUAAUAAUUAUUAUAUUACCAUA